AUGUACUCUACUCUGCGUUCACGGUUGCGUUUCCGGCGUAACCGCUCUUUUCCACUUUUCCUCAACUUUUCUUCUUUUAAAUCUCAUUUUUCUCCUAUUAAUUUAUUUUCAUCAUUUGAUACAGCCUCAGCAGGUUCUAUUGGCUUUUUCAGCAAUCUUAUCAACAAUACAAAGUCUAUUGACAAUACUUUUGAAAGCCCAGAUAGUAUUAAUGAAGAAUCGCUUGAUUUAACAGAACGUGCAGUAAAGCAACUUAUACAUAUUGCUAGCCAGGAAAACAAUCCACGGUUGUUAUUACGUGUCCUUACAGAAAGUGGUGGAUGUCAUGGUUAUCAAAAUACAUUUAGUCUUACAGAAGAAAUACAUCCAGAUGACAGGAUAUUUGAAAAAAACGGAGCACGGGUUGUGAUUGACCGUAUCAGUCUUGAUCUGAUCAAUGGUUCAAAAAUUGACUAUGUAUCAGAACUUAUUGGAGCAUCUUUUAAGGUGAUUGAUAAUCCUCUUGCAAAAUCUAUAUGUGGCUGUGAAGUUUCUUUUGACAUUAAAACACCUAAAAAAAAACAAAAACUGUAA